AAAGCAGCUGCUUCAGCUCGUUAACAUUAGUGUGCACUUGUUAUAAACGUCAACGUCGUUUCAUGCAAUCGUUUGCAGUGUGUGUUAAAUUCAUUGUCUUUGUUAUUCAGGAUCUUUUUGUGCGUACGUCGUGCUAUUACAUUCCGGUGCUACUAGCGGUGGAUGUACAUCGAUGAUGAUGAUGAUCAUGAUGCAUCGGCCGUGUAACAGUAGCGCCACCAAGCGGUCAGCUGUGCGAAGCUCUACUAAAAUCGAGCGCCAGGCUCACAAAACGUCAUCUAGUGCUGGCUGAUGGUAUUGAAUACGCACCGAGACAAUAGAGACUGAUUAGAUUAGGCAACACCACAUCUAUCAUCUAUUGUGUGUGAUCGUCUGUGCUUAACGGUGGCAAAGCAAACGCAAAUAAUCUCCACCUUGGUAAGAAUGGGUAAACGGAACCUUUUCCUGAUGUCAUCCUCGGCGGUGCAUGGAUUUGGCUAUCUGGAACAUACCCAGGCAGAUUUGACAAGUUUUUUCAAGAGCAAUAGCGUACAGAAGGUGCUGUUCAUUCCUUACGCCUUAACCGAUUACGAUGCGUACACCGAGCGGGUCGGUAGCGUACUGAAGCGAUGGGGCUUUUCCUGCAAUGGCAUUCACACCUUUGCCGACCCCGUUGAGGCGGUGGAAAAUGCGGAAGCCAUCUACAUCGGUGGUGGCAAUACGUUUCUGCUCCUUCGCACACUGUACGAGAAGCAACUGAUUGAACCAAUCCGCGACCGGGUAUUGAAGCACGGUGUUCCGUACGUUGGCAGUUCGGCCGGUACGAAUGUAGCGACGCGCAGCAUCCAAACGACAAACGAUAUGCCGAUCGUACAUACGCCUAGUUUCGAUGCACUUGCGCUCGUACCUUUUAACAUCAAUCCACACUACAUCGAUCCGGAUGCGAAUGGUAAGCACAUGGGCGAAACACGUCCGGAGCGUAUCAAGCAGUUUCACGAGCUGAACGAUGCACCGGUGCUGGGACUGCGGGAAGGAACGACACUGUUCGUGAACGGAAACAAUGCGACUUUGAUAGGACCAUCGAUCGAUACACCGGGUGUGUGUUACGAUGCGCGGCUGUUCCGUAAAGAUCAGGAACCGGUCGAAUAUGCACCAUUGAGUAGUUUGAGCUUUUUGCUUAAUGAGCAAUCAUAACUUAAUCGAGUUUUGGGAAAAUUAUACACACUGCUGUUGAACGGCCCAUGUAAAGAGAUGAAAUAUUAUUGUUGUUAUUUUGUAAACAAAAAAAAUGUAACCAAGUGGCUGAACUUGCCUCUCAAUAAUAAAGCAUGAAAAGUACGCACCUAAAAA